UCUCAUUCACCUCCCAGCAGCCAAAGUGAACAGACGGAACAAAAAGCCAAGAGCGUGUUUGGGGACGAACACUCGCAUAGUUUAGAUUUUUUUAUGGUGUGUGUGGCAUCGAUUUAGAAAAAAAAAAGAGAGAGAAACUUUUAGAUAGGCAGUGGCUUGUGGAUUGAUAACAUAUCCUUAGCAGUUACGGAGGUGAACAUUCGGUAGACCCUAGUAUAGUAGGACGGGUACUCUCUCCUUCCUUCGUGUAUGGGCUACCCAGAGGCACCGACGGAAUGUGAAACGCACUAAUUCAGGCCGCCGAAACCGGACCUUCCGUGUUGUGUUUAUAGCCUCAUGUGGAACUACCUGUUGCAUGUGUGAUACGGUAAAGACAAGCGUGUACAUUAAUCAACCGGAGGAAAUUAUAUAUAUAUAAAAAGAAAGCAAGUUCGGGAACCAUGGAUGCUGUUCGCGAGAUGCUACUGCGCCCCGUGACGGCCGUGUCAAGCAUGUGGGACCUGCGUGAACGUCCGCAGUACCGCCUUCACGUCAUCACGGGCGAUCGGCGAGGGGCAGGUACGGACGCCAACGUUUUCGUGGUGGUGCACGACAGCCACGGGAGAGCCUCCAUGCCCAUCCUAUCCAACAAGGUAUUCAGAAAUGACAACGAGCGCGGCGCCACGACCACCGUCGACAUCAGCUCCGAUCACGGUCUCGAGGGCCCCAUCACCAAGGUGGAGGUGUGGAGAGAUAACUUCGCAGACAUCAAGAUCUUCUCGGCCAUCACUGGGAUCCUCUUCGGCCAAAGGUCUAAGCGAGGAUCCGCCUCUUGGUUCCUUGACCGGAUCGAAGUAGAGGAGGUUGACCCGCAGAAUAACAAUAGUUUGACAAAUAACGGCAAGCUUGACGGAGGAACCGAGGCGAAUUGUACUAGCGGGGAAAAUCCUGUAACAGUACACAGGGCCCCGGGCGGAGGUCGUGUAUGGGUGUUUCCCUUACAGCGGUGGGUAACAGCUCACAAGCGAUACACGAUACACCUUCACGACUGCUUCUUACCUCAGGACGACCCCGACAAGGAGCGUCGUGCGGCAGAUAUCAAGGGAAAGAGAGAGUUGUACAGAUACGAACAGAAAGUGAAAGACGGACCCGCACAGAUUGAGAAUUUGCCUUCAGAUGAGAAAUUUUCAGAAGAAUAUUAUUGGACUUUUGCAACUGAAAAGCUAAACCUUCUUGCCAAGACGAAAUUGAUCGAGUGGACGACCAGCAAGUGGAAGACCUUAGAUGACCUUAGGAAAGUCUUCAAUCAGAGUCUGGGGGAACCGAAGUGUAUGUCUGUGUGGCAAGAAGACUGGUGGUUUGGUCUCCAGCGGCUUCAAGGAGUCAACCCCAAUGUUAUAGCUGCGUGUAAGAAGAUUCCUGAAAAGCUCGCAGUAACAGAAGAGACCGUCUCCGGAUUGCUAGAUGAUAUGACCCUUGCAGAAGCACUGGAGAAGAAUAAAAUGUUCAUCUGCGAUCUAGAGAUCACGGAUGGCCUCCCCCACAAAGACACUGCAGAACUUCCAUCUCCUUUUGCACUGUUCUACCUUAAUAAGGAAGAUAAGCUCAUGCCAGUUGCAAUUCAGCUGAAGCAAGAGGGUGGACAUGAUAACCCUGUGUACACGCCCAAAGACCCGUCAAACACCUGGCUGGUGGCAAAGAUGUUUUACAACUGUGCCGAAGCUCAACACCAUCAGGCUCUUACGCACUUGGGAUACACUCACCUCCUGAUGGAAGGGGUGGUGAUCUGCACUCAUCGGAAUUUAUCCCCGUCGCAUCCUCUCUUCAAGCUCAUGGCGCCCCACUUCCUCUUCCUACUUGCCAUUAAUACGAGAGGCUUGGAGAAACUAGUGUCCCCGGGUGGAUGGGUGGAUAACUGUAUGACCCAGGGACUCGAGGGCAUCUUUGAGCACAUGAAGCGAGGAUUCGAUCGAUGGAGUUUUGAGAGAGAAGGACAAGUGGAAAAGGAACUUGAGGCUCGUGGGGUCCUGGACAAGGAUAUCUUGCCUUACUACCCAUACCGAGAUGAUGCGGUUCCUCUGUAUCAUGCUAUAAAAAAAUACGUUAGCACUGUUGUCCGACACCAUUAUGACACACCAGAUAAAUUGACAGGCGAUUAUGAACUGAAAUGGUGGCGUGAGGAGCUUGUGAAGCCGCGGGAUCAGAGUGGUGUUGGCUUGAAAGAUAUUCCAGGCAAUGCAGAAGAAGGAUUCACAACUGUCGAUCAGGUUGUAGACACCAUCACAUCAAUUAUUUCUACGUGCUCGCUUGGUCACGCAGCUGCCAACUUCCAGCAAUACGAGCAGUAUGGCUUUGUUCCCAACUAUCCAGGAAUUCUCUUUGGGGAGAUACCAAAGGAAAAGAAAAACUACACAGAAGAAGACAUCAUGGCCCUGCUGCCGAGCAAGAGGAUGACCCUCGAUAUCAUGGUCAUCACCAAACUCCUCUCGAGCCGUGGAACCAAAAGCCUGGGGGAUUUCGAGAUGCAGUACCUCUAUGACCCGGUUGGGGUUAACGCGGCCAAAGAGUUUCAGAAAGACCUCAAGCGUCUGAGUUUGGAAAUGAAGAAACGAAAUAUUGACCGCCAGUGGGAGUUUGAAUGGCUUGACCCAGAAAUUGUUCCAAACUCAAUUAGCGUUUAAGUCAGACAGACGCUUUAAAACAAAGAAAGCUUUACAGAUUUACCAUCUUUUGUAAAGUUUGUAUUUUUAUAUUUGUCCGGAAUUAAAGCACAUACGACGUUGUGGAUACGUAUUUGUUUCAUAUUUGAUUGUUUUUAAUGUUAUGUAGAAAAAGGGUGGAUGUCUCCAAUUUCAUAUGGAGUAGAUAGUCUAUUUACAUUCAUAUAAUUCAGCUAUUAUGACUUUACAGUGAACAUAUCCUCUAUGGCAUGUUAUCAUAUAUUCCAAAUUGUAUCUGGAGUAUCCUUUAAGGAGCCAGAAAAAUAUAAAGUGUUUGACUGCAGGCUUCUAGCUUACGUAUAUAUAUAUACAUAUAUAUCACAAGAAACAAAGCAACUACCAUGUAUAUUUUGCUCUAAGCUUAUUUUGAAUUUAUAUGUGUCUACAGGUAUUGAAUUGGCUAUUUUUAAAAAUAGGAUACAUUCAUCUUUUGAAAGCAUAAGAAACAUCUACUUUAUGCAUAUGCAAAUUUGCAAUGGAUAUAUGUGCAAGUCAGUGGAUGUUGUUACUAUGAAUUAUAUUAAAAUUUAUACAAGUAUGAUUUUCUUCUUUCUGUUUUGAAAUAUGCAGUGCAUUUUCAUAAGGAAGAAAUUUGUAUAUAUGAUUAAUUUUUAAUUUCUAUGUACGUAUAAUGAUUGUGCGUAUAUGAUUUUGAUUACCUCAUAUUUUUGAUUAGUUACUGUCAUUCUCAUUUUCAUGUGUUUUUGUAAAUAUUUUCACUUCCAUCUCCUGAAAACGUGUAAGGGAUUAUACUCUGUAAUAAUUACAAGUGAUAUAUACUCUGUUAUUUAGUUUUUGAACUAUAUUUUAACUAAGAAUAUUAUUUGCUGUUAACAGACAUACCUAUGUGCAAAUACAAUUCUUUUACAUAAUAAAUUAACAAGUCUUAA